AUGAUAUUUAUUGAAUUCGCCCUUCCAAUUGCCCUUUACUAUAUUCUUAGUAUUUUUAUACAUGGAGUAAAGCCAUUUCUCAUAUCAAGUGCCCCAGCAUCUAUUGCUACUAUAUACGGACUUAUAAGGAGAAGGCGUGUCGACAUUAUAGGAUCACUCGUAUCAAACUGCCUUACUUUCGGUGCUUUGAUAUCAAUAUUUUAUGGCAAUCCAAAGAUUCAACUAUUAGAAAAAUUUAUGAAUAUGACUCUCCUUCCCUUUCAUAUAAUAGCAAUGAUUAGCUUAAUUCCGAUAAAAAUUGGUACCUUUAAAUUGCGACCAUUACUAUUCUAUAUUUUUAAAGAAUUGACAACAGGUGGAGCCUUUAGUUAUUUAAGUCCAAAAUUGAUAGAUGAAAGUUGGGACAGGUAUUGGGUUUCUUACCAAUAUUUUCGACGUGGUUUCAUCUUUAUGACAGUGAUCUGGGGAUUUGGGCUUCUUUCUGAAAUUUUAGUUCGUGUUAUGAUUAUUUACAAUCUUACGCCCGUCAAAAUGUCACCUGAAAAAGCACUUGCUAUGUCAAACAUAAUUCAUUAUAUUUGGUUAGCUAAAUUUGCAUUAUUAACUCUAUUUCUCGUUAGACGGAUGAAGAAACAAAAAGAUAAAUUAGUUGCUGAUUCUGAUAAACCUCCGGAAUAAUCUAUUUUAUAAAUACCAAAUGAGACUCAUAAUGCUAGAGCAGGCUCUGCUAACUCCUUUAUAUUUUUGCUGUCGGCAUCUAUUUUUUUGAUAACCAUAUUAUAUUCAUAUCUUGUGAUAGUUAGUAAUAUGCCAGCAGCAUAAAAAAUUAACUAUCACGUGAUCUGUGAUGGGCAAUUUUUUAAAAUUUUUUUUUAUUUUUUUUUAGCGCGUUACUGGUUUAUUUAAUUCUCUCUCCACUUUCUCCAGAUAUUUCAGAUAUUACUUUUAUUCAUAUCUAUAAAAUACGUUUUAUUAAGUUUUAUUAAAAACCUAUACUUAAUACUAUAUAUAUUUAAAAUAUUAGCUGUUCUUUUUUUGUUUUUUUUUUUAAGCAGAAAUCUCUCAUAAAUUUUUUUAU